GAUCACACGUUACACACUCGCAUUUGACAUCCUUUUUCGCCUUAACUCACACUCUUUGACAAGUCAUCGUUCAUGUCGACGACGACUCCACUCAAGUCAAUCCUAUGUUGCUUUGUCUUCAGUUAAUAUCUUCCAUUCAAUUUCCUCUCUCUCUCUCACACACACUUCUCUCCCCUAUCUCUCUCUCAUUAAAACAUUAUAUAUUAGGCAUUAAACAAACAUAACCUUGAUACAAACAUCUUGAUAUUAUGGAGUAUAUACCUCUCUUGUUUGUUCUCUUCACUGCUCUUCUUGUCUCAACUUCACAAGCCUUUAAAUUGGAUGUUGGUGGAAGUGAUGGUUGGACUCUAAACCCUUCUGAGAAUUACAACCAUUGGGCUGGAAGAUACAGGUUCCAAAUCAAUGACGUUAUAGUUUUCAAAUACAAGAAGGGUUCAGAUUCAGUGUUGGAAGUAAAGAAAGAAGAUUAUGAAAAGUGUAACAAAACAAACCCAAUCAAGAAAUUUGAAGAUGGUGAGACAGAGUUCACUUUUGAUAAAUCAGGACCAUUCUAUUUCAUCAGUGGAAAAGAUCAAAACUGUGAAAAGGGUCAGAAAUUAACACUUGUUGUUAUAUCCCCACGUAAACACACAUCACCCUCUGUUUCUACUCCAACAUCACCACCAAAAUCUUCCCCAUCACCCUCUGUUUCAACUUCUCCACCUGCCCCUGUACCGGCUGGUGGACCUAAGCCUUCAUCUCCCUCUCCAGUCACCACCCCUCCUGCCGGUGGACCUACAACUUCAUCUCCUUCUCCGGUCAGCACCCCUCCGGCCAGCGGACCUACUGCUUCAUCUCCAUCUUCAGUGACUACACCUCCAGCCAGUGGACCUACGGUUUCAUCUCCAUCUCCAGUGAGCACACCGCCGGCCGGUGGACCUAUGACUUCAUCUCCAGUGAGCACACCUCCAGCGGGUGGACCUACAGCUUCCUCUCCUACGAGUAGCCCUACGGCCGGUGGACCAACAUCUCAAUCUCCGGGGAGCUCUACAUCGGCAGAUGGUCCUGUGGCACCGGGAACAUCGACACUGGGACCAUCGGGAACUGAAAAUGCAAAGGCACCGUCGGGGAGUGGCUCCUAUGUAGGUCCUUCGAGCUUUGUGGUGUAUUCUGUUACUGUUGUCGUUGGUGCUCUGUUUUUGAGUUACUGAUACAUUUUGGGUUGAAGGAUGAAGCAUAAACUCGCACAAAUUAGUUAUAUGAUAUUUUGUAAUAAAUUACUCGGGAAUUUGUCAUCGUUAUUUUCACUUGGGUAUGAUUAAUUAGCAUGAGUUUGCUAUCAUUUUUAGUUUCUUGUUAUUCUGAAUCCCAAUACUAUUUGUUGUAGAGCGAUUCAAUCAGAUUUUAUUAAAUUUUGUGUAUCAUUAUGUACUAUGUGUAAUAACAACAAUAAAGGGGAUUCAUUUUUUAUUCACAA